UUUCAAUAUCUACAUUACUGGUAACACAGGGACUGAGCCCCUACAUCCUGCCUCUAUUACCCUGGUUUAAGAAACUCUCCCUCACUACAAGGUGUCUCCUUCUUCUUAUCGGCAAUAUUAUCUGCUACUUCGUCAUGUCCCUAGUGGACGUGAUGGUGGAGGCUGACCCCAGGGGUGGUCUGGUGUUCGGGGUGGUUGGAGCAGCUCGAGCACUUCAGGGGCUGUGUUGUGGUUCUUUAACCGUUAUAGUACAGGGGGAGAUAGUGGACUUGUACCUGGCAGAUAAGAAGUCUCUAAUGGUGGUGAUAUGCAGUGCGAUACACAUCUCUGCUCUGGUACCCUUCGUUGUGGGAACUGAACUUUACACCUCCGGAAAGUGGCUCCUCACAGGACUCCUCAUCCCUACAUUCGAUCUUAUCCCUCUGCUCCUGCUUCCUUUCAUUAGUAAACUUCAGAGGAAAACUAGUGCGGGAGAGUAUUGUGUUGGGUUAGCUGAUGAAGACUGUGAUCCAGACAAAGAAACAGAACCUCCUAGCCAAGACAAGAAAGAAGCAACCUGUCUACAGCGCAUCGUGUUCUACGUCCCUGAUCUGACGGUGUUUAUAGCGAACGUGACGUUCAUCUUGUUGAUAUUCUCCCUGCCAGUCAGACUAAAAGAGUACACGGGCAAGUCUCUGAACACAGCGGUCCUGUUUACCACCCUCAUCCCCACCUUCGGGUUCAUUUCCAGUCUCAUUGUCAGUUACUUCACCCUCCGCAAGCUUCCUGCUCUACUCGUUAUUUUGGUGGGAACUGUUGUUUUCUUUGUUGGGGCCAUUAUAGCGUUCGGAGCUACAACAGAGUUCCUAGUGUUCCCAGGCUCGUAUGAGUUAGGAUCAGUGUUGGUGGGGCUGGGUGAUGCUCCUGUAAUAAACCUCAUAGUGCUGAGCAAGUUUGUGUUAUAUGAAAAGUGGGGACUGGACACAAAGGGGCUGGGGGAACGGAGCAGUGCUGUGUUUAACCUCAGUAUGUGUUUCUCACAAGUUGUUGGAACUGUCAUGUCCGGUCUUACGAUCAGUAGAGGUAGUGAGGUUCCCACACUGGUCGGGGCGGGGACUGCAGGCCUUUUUAAUAUUGUAGCUUUACUUCUCUGUCUUCUGGUUAAAUGAUGUGAUCAGUAGCGUAAUUGGAACGUCUUAUGCUUUCAAGUAGUUUGUAUCUUAUUAGACAUUGAUAUUGGUCUAGUUAUAUAUUACUGUAUACUAUUUUAUUGAUCUGAGGUGUAGUAUUGCCAGAUCCCAGUUCAAUUUAUAACGGAGUUGUAUAUCAACAGGAAACGAUGUAACAGAGUCAAUAUAUUUUAAUGUUGCCAUGGGGUGGCAAGUCUCCAUUCAUCGUACUCCGAUAGUUUACUGCAUCCUAUUAUGUAAAGUCUUUACCAGCC